GUCUGAGUGUUUUUAUUCUUUCAUGUUCAUGACACACAUCGUGCACAUUCGCAGAUAAUAAUUGUUGUCCGCAUUUGACGCAGUGCGUUAGUUGGAAAAUAUUAAUUGAAAAAAAACACAAUAGUGCCGCACGCUGCGCGUAUCAAAUUCUCCGAGCUGAAAGAAUAAAGGAGUGCUUUGACGGGAAGAACGCGGUAAGAGCGCACUGCCAGGAUUCUAAAACUUGACAUUGGAACGGCCAUUUUGGCGUGUUGUUUCCCAAUCAAGUGCUUCGCUCAGCAUCGCUAUCCAUCCAUUUCGAGAACAUAGAGACGCUGCAUUGUUUGCGAUAUGAUGACCGAAACUCAUAUAAAUUCUAAUCACAUGCUGAAUUCUGGUCUUGGUACAAAGGCAGACUUAGAGAAAACUGAUGAUGUAGGUUGGAAAGCUAAACUAAAAAUUCCACCCAAGGACAAACGUAUUAAGACAAGUGAUGUCACAGACACACGUGGUAAUGAAUUUGAGGAAUUUUGUCUGAAGCGCGAAUUGCUUAUGGGAAUUUUCGAGAAAGGUUGGGAAAAGCCAUCUCCAAUUCAGGAGGCUAGUAUUCCUAUUGCACUUUCUGGCAAAGACAUUUUGGCGCGCGCUAAGAAUGGAACAGGCAAGACUGGAGCAUAUUCAAUCCCAGUACUCGAGCAGGUUGACCCACAAAUAGAUGUUAUACAAGCAUUGGUAAUAGUCCCUACCAGAGAGUUGGCACUGCAGACAUCGCAAAUAUGUAUCGAACUUGCAAAGCAUAUGGAUGUAAAGGUGAUGGUAACUACUGGCGGAACGAACUUGCGCGAUGACAUCAUGAGGAUUUAUCAAAAAGUACACGUGAUAAUAGCAACGCCAGGAAGAAUCCUUGAUCUCAUGGAUAAAAAUGUUGCCAAUAUGGAUAAUUGCAAAAUUUUGGUCUUGGACGAAGCUGAUAAGCUUCUGUCUCAAGACUUUAGGGGGAUGUUAGAUCACGUUAUUUCCAGAUUACCAAAGGAACGUCAGAUAUUGCUGUAUUCAGCGACAUUUCCUCUGACGGUAAAGCAAUUCAUGGAGAAGCACUUGAACGAACCAUAUGAAAUUAAUUUAAUGGAAGAGUUGACUCUAAAAGGAGUGACACAGUACUACGCCUUUGUACAGGAACGUCAGAAAGUUCAUUGCCUUAACACGUUAUUUUCCAAGUUACAAAUAACGCAGAGCAUAAUUUUCUGCAAUUCGACGCAACGUGUUGAAUUACUGGCCAAGAAGAUAACAGAUCUUGGAUACUGUUGUUAUUACAUACAUGCGAGAAUGGCACAGGCGCAUCGAAAUCGCGUGUUUCACGAUUUCCGUGCGGGAUUAUGCCGGAAUCUGGUGUGUAGCGAUCUGUUCACUCGUGGUAUCGACGUACAAGCUGUGAACGUUGUGAUCAACUUUGACUUUCCGAAAAUGGCAGAGACGUAUCUGCAUCGUAUCGGUCGCUCAGGACGAUUCGGACAUUUAGGUAUUGCAAUUAACCUAAUCACCUACGAGGAUCGUUUCGCCCUGCACCGCAUCGAGCAAGAGCUCGGAACUGAAAUCAAACCGAUUCCAAAGGUGAUAGAUCCCAGUUUGUACGUGACAAGACCGGAAGACAAUAAUAGCAUGGAAGAGGGUAACGUGUCCAAGUAG